UAUUUGCAGUUUUAACCCAACCAGUCAACAGUUAACUUAACAUUUUGUAUUUUCAUUUGUAUUGAAAAGUGUCUUCAAAUUGUUUAAUUUAAUUUCAUUAAAACACAUCUAAAUACACACCUGAGUUUACAAUUAAACGUGGACAGACAAUCAAAUCAAACAGUGUUUCCUUGUGUUAAACACUUGAGUGUCUUUACUAACCCAUUUGGAUUAAAUCACUUUUACAUGUGUUGUUACCAUAAUGGACUUAAUGUGAUCUGUUUUAAUUUGUUACCUUCAUUGCAACUGGAUUUAAAUUAAUAAUCUUGGUAAAUUACAACUGACCAUUGGAACGAUUAACCAAAAUGAACUGUUCACCAUUGGAAUCGCUUGUGUCCAUUUAAUGUGCUUGUGUUUAACCAUUAACCAGGAUUAACAGUCAACAAUUGUAUAACAAUGACCAGUGAAUCAAAUAACUGUUAUGUUGAUAAACUUCAUGAAGUCUUUUUAUCCUGUGACAGUUCAGGCUGUGAACUGUUGGGUAAAGAUGAGCUUCAUGAGCUUUGUGAUAAACUACAAUUGGAUGAGGAUCAAACUUAUUACAUUAUUGAUCAUCUUUUAAUUGAUCCAUUUACCAAGGUUGAUUUCAAUGAAUUUAAAGAAGUUUUUGUAUCGCUGUUGACUCGAUCUCAGGUUGGCUAUGAUGAGAUACCAAACCUUUCAAAUCCCUGUUCACCAAUCAAACACAAACCCUGUUCAUCGCCUUCAUCCUCCACAAAUUGUAAGCCAUCAUCACCCUCACCUUCACCAACUUGUUCAACCAACUCAACAUCAACCUGUUCAUCAGUAAAUUCAUCUACUUUAUCUGUUCCAUCCGCGAGUUCAUCUCUAUCUUCAUUAGCACCUUCAAUAUCACCCUCACCAUCAACCUCAUCAACAGCAACAUCAACAUGUCCACCAACAAGAGAUGACGAUCUAAAUGGUAAAUCAAUAUUAGAUCAUCGACACUCUCAACAUCGACAAAAUGAUUAUCUAAAUGGUUACAAUUGUAAUGGUAACAGUAACAAUACAAAUAACGAUAACAAUAACAAUAACUCGAGUAACAAUAACAGUUUAACCUCACAUCAUAAUCAACUUAUCGAUGAUUAUCAUCAUCACCAUCACCAUCAUCACCAUCAUCAUCGCCUUAAUAAUAAUAACAGUCCUUCAAUGAUGGAUUCUUGUACAAAUAUUAAUAAUAGCUGUUCAUCAGGAGCAACCUCAUCACCAACAAUUAAUCCCAAUUCAGCUGAACACUUGUUACGUUCAAUUUGGGAUAAACUGAGAAUCGGUCAAGAUGGUUAUCUCAAUAUCAAUGAAUUGUAUGCAGUCUGUGAACAUGUUGGAAUGGAAAUAUCUGAUGAUGUGAUUGAACAAUUGUUUGAGAAACUAGAUUGUGAUAGAGAUGGUAAAGUCAGCUUUGAUGAACUGCUUCAAGGUUUAUUUGAACACAAUCGAAGCUAUGUUGUUAAUAAUUGCAAUCAACAGGUAAACGGGUUAUUUAAAUUGACUUCUGAUGAUCCAUUUGAUCAGAAAAUUGAUUUAACCGGAGAAACUGAUUCUUCAAUGAGUUAUCACCAUGCAAUACAAGAGACUGAAUAUCAUAAUCUUCACAACACUCAUCACAAUAACCAUCAGAAGCGUAAAGUUUCACUCACAGCCGAUCACAGUUACAUUAAAUGUCAACCAAAUGAAUCAAAUUCAAGGCAGCCAAGUGAAGAUGAUAGCUUUGGUACAACAGGCAACUAUUUUCAAUCAUUGGAUCCAUUGAAUGUUGGUUAUGCUGAUUGUGAUAGCAUUUUUACAUUAUGGGAUUCCUUUGGUUUUACAAAUGCCAAAAUGCUGCUUAAGGAUCUUGGAUUUGACAAUAAAACAGGGCGUAUCAAUGUACGAGAUCUUUCAAUUGCUCUUGAAGAGGAGCUUUUUGCAUCAUUCACCAAUUCAUCUGAUCUGUUUCAAAUCUCAUUAACAAUGUUCCAACAUGAGCUUAAUUAUACCAAAAUCUUGUACGAACAGACUAAAGCUGAACGGGAUCAGUUAAGGGUGAACCUGAGUGAAGCUAAUGCUCGAGCUGAUUUACUAGCCCAAGAGGUUGAUGAUCAUCAUGCAAAACUGGAAAAAUCAUCGAAAGAAAAAUUAGUUUUGUUGGAACGUCGAUAUCAAGAACAAAUACGCAGUCUUCAAGAUGAAUUUCAAAAAGAGCGAGACUCCCUGGGGUCUCAAGCCUCACAACUUCGCAAAGAGCUGUCAACAGUUCAAAUGGUUUCACAAAACAAUCAGUCCAAAUUGGAGGAUAUUAUUUCAUCACUCAAAUUGGAUAAUUUAAGACUGGAGAAAGAAGUUCAAGAUUUAAGUGAUAGGUUAGCCGAUGCUAUUAAGGUUAACAUUGACUUGCAAAAAGAGGUUGAAGAAACUUAUUCAAUCAAGAAAAAGUUAUCUGAGAUUGAGUUAUUCCAAGUUUUCGAUAAGGAAACUGAGUAUCAAGCCUUAAUUAAUGACAAUGAGUUACUUCGUCGUCAAAACAAGGAAUUGCGGGAUGAAAAUGAUGGACUCAUCUUGGAAAUGGAAAGAAUGAAUCAAAAGUUAGAGAGGAGACAAAAGAAAGGAUCCAAACAUGAUGCUGCUUCAUCAAUGAAAAGAAUGAGAAGUUAUCACAAAAACUGGGCCAAUGAGAUCUGAUAUUAUUGAAUGAGAAGAUUAAGCGUUUUUUUCUGUUAUAUACUCAUAGAGAUGAAAGAGAGAGAAAGAAAAAUGAAAAAUUAUUUCAAACUAUGGCGAUCCCAAAUCAAAAAAGAGGUGAUUAGACAACCUUCCCACACUUUCAACAUCUAUAAUUAUGUCUCUUCGAAUAUUGUUAUUAAAAAUGAUGUUACCAUUGCUCCUUUUCUGUCGCUGAUGAUUAACACACGCUACCAAAUGCAAAAGAAAACGGAAAAUUAAUGGAGAUGGGCAUGCUGAUUAUCUCAUCAAAUCCAAGUUUCUCCAGCUAAUAGUUUAUUUCUCAAUCCCUCCCUCACUCAAUCAUCUCAAUCAAUCAAAUUCCACCAAAGAUUUUCAUUUGUGGCCUCAUUCAGCUGGAUUCUGGUUUAAACAUAAUAUUCCGGCCAACAUAGUGCAUUCAUGUUUUUGCCCCAUAUUUGACCAAUGUUAAUACUCGUGACGCCUUUUGCUCCUGACUUUAUCAAGGACUCUUUGUAUUAUCUUGUUUUAUCGCAAUCUAAGCCCUAUUGAAAGUGACCUCGUCCGUAUUUUAAAUGGAUUGUUAAUUUGGUUGCUUGGUAUCCAUCCAAAUUUUGUUAUAGAUUACACUUUUCGUACGGCUAAAUACUUGGAAACCUUGGCUGCAAAAAAAAGAAACUUCAAGCCCUCCAAAUCAGUGCAUUCAAUGACAAAGUAUAUAAAAGCAAAAAGUGGAAAACUUUUCAUCCGUUCAACUGUCAACGAUUGUCGACAUUAAUUUGUUUAUUUUAAAUUCAAACUGUUCAUUAUUUAACUCACCAUAUCACACAUAUACAUUUAAAAUUCAUGCUCAUUUCUGUUUCAUCUUUCAAUUGUUCAUUUUUUGUUUGUUUAUUUUUUGUCCCUCUUCUAAUGAUCACUGAAAAUAGUGGCCUUAUGAAGAAAAAUUGGGAGGUGGGAAAAUCUCAUUAUAUUCCUCUCUUGUUGAAAUAAAUAAUGACAUUUUAUUCAA